AUGCAAACAGUUUUUUCUAGGUUGAACAGUGAGUUUGAGCGAAGUUCAAGUUUACCACCAUUAUUGGUAGAUGCAGACAAAAAGAAAUUAGUGAUCGUUCCUGGUUUGCCAAAGACUUUCGCUGGUGCAGUAAAUGUACGUCCAAAAGUAUGCGCAGUUUGUGGAGACAAAGCUACUGGUUAUCACUACGAUGCUCCUUCGUGCAACGGCUGUAAAUCUUUUUUCAAGCGAACAGUUUUGCAGGGAAGAAGUUACGAAUGCAAAAAUGAUAAGCAGUGUGCACUUUUAAAAGAAAAACGACGCUUGUGUCGUGCUUGUCGUUUUGGGCGUUGCCUAGCUGCCGGUAUGAAUCCAUUACUCGUACAGAUUUCGUCUGACGACAGAAAAAAUCUGAAGAACCUGACAAAAAGUUUAAAAAGAAACGCUAAGAGUACUGUUUCUCCGGUGGAAGUUUCUGUAGUAGAGUAUGAAACCUUAAAAAGCAUUAGCGAUCUUCUGAAAACAGAGUCAAAGCUACACUUUUUAUGGACUUCUUCUCUUUGUAUGGAAACUGAAGAAGUUACACUUGCUGAAUUACUUCGGUCUUCUAACUUAAUAGAUGAUGUUUCACGAUAUCAGGCUGUUAAAGACUGGGCAGCUGAAAGGUCUCAUCUGAACAAAGCCACCUCUAUCGACCGUAUUAAAGCAAAGCGACCUGUUAAAUACAAGGAGUGGUUGUUUUGCAACACAAUCUUAUCUGUUGAGUUUGCCAAAACAUUCUCCUUCUUCGCUGAAUUAUCACUUCGAGAUAAGGCUCGUUGUUGGGUGUUGGAGAAAACAAUUACGUUGGUAAGGGGCACCUCAGCAAUAGAAUGCAUGCUUUUCGUUUCGUUUAAUUCUCUGAAGAAGAACGUAGACACACAUAUUUUUCCAGAUGGAACGAUGACUGUAUGGCUGAACCCGCCUCGUUUGCUGCGCUACGUGAUUGCAAAAAAUAUGGAAAUUUUAAUUCGAAGUCAGCUGGAUGACACAGAAUAUGCACUUUUGCGAGUACUUGCGCUUGCAAACGAUGCUUUGGAAUGCUUGAGCAUGGAAGCUCGAACAAAGUUAAGACGAAAGAAGGAAAAAUAUGCUAAACUACUUUUUGAUUACCUGAUGAAAAAAUAUGAUACCGCUGAGGGGCUGCAAAAAUUUACAAGUCUUCUUGGUGCUAUAAACAGCUAUAUAGAAUUGGCAGCUAAGGGCAAGGAAUUCCAGUUGUUGGCUUCAGCAGUGAAAGACCCGGUUUACUCAACACAUCACUUUAAACUCAUCGAUGAAAUAGUCGAAUCUUAG